CCUUCACGCGGAAGGAAAGGAAAACGCGCAGGCGCGAGGUCUUUGGGCCAUUGGCGCGGUGCUUUUCCCAUCGAGACAAGAAGACGAGCCACGCGGAAACCGAACCCACUAGCAGCAAACGACCGCACCAACCAACCAAUCCACCUCUCCCGGCGAUCCGCCUCCUCUUGUCGCGUCCCCGCCGCCGGCAGACACGGGCAACGCGGCUCCGAGAUCGGCGGGCGGGAUGAUGAUGCUGAUCGACUGCUCGGGUUGCCGCACCCCGCUGCAGCUGCCACACGGGGCGCCCAGCAUCCGCUGCGCCAUCUGCGGGGCCGUCACGCACGUCGCCCCCGCGCCCCACGCCGAGCCCAGCCGCGGCGCGGUGCAGCCGGCGCCGGGGUGGGGUCCGCCCCCGCCGCCAGCGCACGGGCGGAAGCGCGCCGUCGUGUGCGGGAUCUCGUACCGGUACUCGCGGCACGAGCUCAAGGGCUGCAUCAACGACGCCAAGUGCAUGCGCCACCUGCUCAUGACGCGCUUCAACUUCCCCGACGACUCCAUCAUCAUGCUAAACGAAGAACAAACCGACCCCUACAAAAUCCCAACAAAGCAUAACAUAAGGAUGGCCAUGUAUUGGCUUGUUCAAGGUUGUCAGCCUGGAGACUCAUUGGUGUUCCAUUAUUCUGGGCAUGGAGCACAACAAAGAAACUACAGUGGGGAUGAGGUUGAUGGGUUUGAUGAAACGCUCUGCCCAUUGGAUUUUGAGACACAAGGAAUGAUCGUCGACGAUGAGAUAAAUGCAGCACUUGUUAGACCACUUCCUCAUGGAGUUAAACUUCAUGCACUCAUUGAUGCUUGUCAUAGUGGGACUGCGCUUGAUUUGCCUUUCCUCUGCAGAAUGAACAGGAGUGGGCAAUAUGUAUGGGAAGAUCACCGGCCACGAUCUGGUGUCUGGAAAGGCACUAGUGGUGGGGAGGCUAUUUCAUUUAGUGGUUGUGACGAUGAUCAGACCUCUGCAGAUACUUCUGCUUUGUCAAAGAUCACUUCAACCGGCGCAAUGACAUUCUGCUUCAUCCAAGCUAUUGAACGGGGCCAGGGUACCACCUACGGUAGUAUUUUGAACUCCAUGCGUUCGACAAUACGCAAUACAGGUGACUCGGCAGGUGUUGGUGGUGGUGCCGUCACAUCACUAAUUACAAUGCUUCUGACGGGAGGGAGCCUUUCUACUGGUGGUCUGAAACAGGAGCCACAGCUGACAGCAUGCGAUCCAUUUGAUGUCUACGCGAAGCCCUUCUCGCUAUGACGUUGUCCUGGUAUUCCCCAAGCUAUAUAGCUGCUCCCAUUUCACGAUAUCAUGGUGUACAUUUUCAAUAUUGGAUAUGGUCCAUCCAUCGUACUAGAGCUAACGUGUAUGCUUGUGGAUUUGACGCACAUUUAUGCCUUUGAAUUGUUUCACAAUACGAGGGAUUGCGCUUUAUUACUUGUUCAGUCCCCAUAAUGUUCAGUGAACGGUUGGAAAAGGAGUAGUCCAAUUUGAUGUACCAUCACUUCUACAGUUCAUUAAUAAUUUUAUCCCAUUUUUUGGGACCAAUGAGCUCAACACA